AUCAUUCUGCGGUUGUGGGUAUGAUCGCGUACUUGCCGUCUCGUGGCCUGUUAUCAGUGAGCAUUGGAACCGCCAACGACGCAGUUGGCUUUGAUUUUGGAAUACAGUGUGUGGUUGUUGAUCGCGUAGUAAUUCAUUCAAAAUGAGAAGAUACGUUCGACUGUUAGCGUUGCUAGCACUCUGUUCAGUAGCUUCAGGCUACGUUUACCAGUGUGAACCGGGUACCGAACCUACCGUGUGCAGCAUUUGGAAUCUGCCGUACGAUUCAAAGGCUCUAGUGAAACAUCCCGACAAGUUGCCGUCUGUUCAGUAUCCUUCCACCGUGCGCACGGUACGGCUCUUGUUCGAGAAGUACUACUACAACCGCCAGCAGCAACUGACUCGGUACGAUACGACGCUGCACACAACAGUGCUACACAAUCCGCCCAUCUUGCAGAUUUGCGAUACCCGGUUGCGACAGCUGGUCAUGCCACCCAGUCUCCAGGUCGGUUAUCUUACCGACAACAUGAUCUCGACGAUCGAAAUCGAACCGGACAAGACGUACACAGUGCGCUACCUCGAUCUAUCACACAACAGCUUGAGGAACAUUGCCAAUCUGUCUGUGCUGGUGCAGCUACAAACGCUCAAUUUAGAAGCAAAUAGUAUAACUACGCUCAACACGUCCGUGUUUACGCGCAUGGUAAACCUUACGUAUCUGUACCUUGGGGAUAACAGCUUUAGUACGAUCGAUUUGCGCCCACUGCCGAAGGGCCUGUCCGUGCUGUGGCUGCUACGGAACGAUUUGCGCGAACUCAGCCUGACCGGUGUCUCGAUGGGUGCGCUGCGCGAACUCGACCUGGAGGCAAAUUCGCUCUAUACGCUAGAUCUUGCCGCACUGUUUGCGGCCUUUCCGGCGCUCCAGGUGCUACCGAUCGCGUACAACUCGUUCCCCAAGGAGGAAGCGGAACGCAUCAUCGCGGAUCUGAAGCGGCACAAUGUGACCUACUCCGUUGGGAUGGAGCGGAUGUAUCAGGAGGGCUGCGAUUCGGACGAAUACAGCGUGGACAGUCUGUGCUUUACCGAAACCCUGCUCGGUGCGCGAUCGUUUUGGAAGGGCAUCUUUCUGCUAGUGAUGGCUGUGCUGGUGGUGUGUAUGUUUGGGUUUAGCGUGCGCUGGAUCUGGUACCAGAUGCGCUACUGAGGGAGGCCUCACCAAGGGGCUAUGUGUCUGUGUGUGUGUAUGUGUAGUCUAUUGUGAUAGUGCAAAAGGGUGACAAGGGUGAACCUUACGUGUAUAUGGGUGUGCUGAUAAAAUCAAGUGCAAACUGAAACCAGUGUUUAGAAUUGAGGUUUCAUAAUAUAUAUUUGUAUGUAUAGUGAAUGCGUUCAUUAAGCAAAACUGAUUCAAGAAUAAUCGAAUAAAAUUAUAACCAUAAAGAGUGACUAACUUUAAAAAUCUCAUGCGAUUUUCAUACAUUCGUGACGAGCAGUAAAAAGGAAGAGUACGUUUUGUUUGUUGUCUGUUGCGGUGUUUGAAAUAUGAGAAAUCACAGUACUGGAGAUAUCAAUCAAUCAAGCGAAUUCCUUCGAAGCAUUCCUUAACAAACCUUAAAGAUUAAACUUCAACUAAUGUAACUCUGGAAGUCCUAGCGUAAAUUUAUGCAUUAUGCUGUUUGCUUUCCGUUAAGCCUGUUUUGUAGAAAAAGAGAGAAUAGAUGUGACUUUUAGGGCGAUUGUAGAUGUAGGCUCAUAUAGAGGCUUUUUAGCGACGACCUUUUUGAAUAGGGUGUAUGAAUAGAUUUGGAAAGUGUAUUGCAAAACUUGAUAGGCGGAUAAGUUGAAUAAAUGAUGAAUGUAUGAAGAAAUGAAAUUUAA